AUGAAAUUCUUAUCUAUUUUACCACUUGCUUCUGUUGCUUUAGCUUCCAUCUCCAACAUUACUUUAUAUGUCAAAUCUGACAACACUGAAGUUAACAACUUGGGUGUUUCUUCAAUUCAUGAAGGUGCUGCCAUCAAUUAUCUUUUCUUAGGUACCAAUGGUCAAGAAUUACAAUAUGAUUCUGAUGCCAAAAACAUUUAUUUAAUGUUACAAACAGCUUCUAUGGAUGUCCCAAUUAAUUUCACUGUUUCUGGAGGUAUUUAUCAAUUAUCUCCAGGUGGUUCAACUCCAGUUGAAAUUAGUGAUGAUGGUGAACUUAAAUUUGAUGGUGAUGUUUAUGCUGCCAAGAAUAUUAAUGAUCCAUAUAGUUAUUCAGAAAGAUCUUUCUUUUUAAUUGAUCAUGAAACUGAUGGAUCUAUCCCAAUUAAACUUUAUGCUAAAUUUGGUGAUGAUGAUGAAACUGAAGAAGAAGAACCAGAACAACAAGAAACUACAUCUACUACUUCUAGUAACAGUACAUUGAGCAUUUCUUCAUAUGAAGGUGCUGCUGCUAAAGUUACCUACGGUGUUGCUGGUAUGAUUGCCGUUGCUGCUGGUUUGAUUUUCUAA